GCGUUGAAAGUGACCGGAUCACAGUUGAGUGUUGGUCAACGCAUAUAUCAGCUGAAUCACAAUGUGCAUCUGGCAGCGGUCGGUAAGGCAGCCCUGGGUAUGGUGCAAGGAGCAGAGGCGUCCAUCGGUGGUCAUGUGGUCGAGGGAAUUGCGAGUGUGCCCAGAAACACAAUUAAGAAAAUACCAUCCGGAGCGAGGAUAGUUACGCAGUUUUUCGAAGGUGCAACGAAUAAUCUACCGGAUGAAGAUGCCUGCAUCAAUGCGGAGAGAAUUGAAGCGAUGGCCAGGCAUCUGCGUGAUCCAAAUGAUCUAUUCAUUGUAUUGAUAUCAGGUUGGAGUUGA